AUGCCGGCCGCUGCCAUCCAUCAGUAUCACCGCCGCCACCACCACCAGCACAACCACGCCAUCCGCAUCCACAUCCACCACAUCCAUGGCAGCGGGGUCCCACGGAGGGACAAGGCUAUGAGGUCGACGGGGUCAUUGGCAAUUUCGAAUUCGACAUGGCGCGCGGAAUAUUGUUGCAACCAGGUGUGGCACCAGUGGAUAGACGGGGCCGUUCCGGCAUCUAGACGACGUUGGUCGAUAACACCUUCGAUACCCUCCGCGCCCGGUCAGGAAACAACCUUCAAAUCUUUGAUGGGCCCCAUCUGA